AAAAAGCCAACUUCUCGGGCUUCUUCUAUGUUCCUUCGUUCAGUGAAAGGCAAUUGCACAUAAAUUCCCCCUUUCUCUCAAUGCCAUGGUCGCCAUCCGAGUGGUGUCUACAGCUACGAUCCAAGCAAGAAGUCAAGUUAAUUAUGGUGAUUCGCCUGAAGAAAUCGAGCUCAAUCCCUGGGAUCUCCAAUUUCUGCUAAGUGAGUAUGCCCAAAAAGGUAUUCUUUUUCGCAAACCCAUCUUGUCUUCUUCUACUUGCUCUGGUUCUUCUUCUUCUUCAGAUUACACACACAAAACUAUCCAGCACCUUAAGGACUCUCUUUCUUCCACCCUCGACUUCUUCCGGCCCCUUGUCGGCCGUUUAGUUAUCGUCCCUCACGGCGGCGAUGAUGAUACCUUCUCCAUCUUCGUCUCUUGCAACAACACCGGAGCAAGUUUUGUUCAUGCUAUUGCAGAGAACACUGCAAUUUCCGACAUCGUUGAGCCCACUUAUGUUCCUCCAUUUGUCCACUCCUUCUUCCCACUCUACAGAUCCAAGAACAUCGAAGGAACUCAGAUCCCAUUAUUGGCUGUCCAAGUUACAGAGCUCGUGGAUGGCAUCUUCAUGGCUUGUUCGAUAAACCAUUGUCUUGCCGAUGCGAAGCCGUUCAUGGAUUUCGUGUUUGCGUGGGCUAACAUCUCUAGAAAUGGUUUAAACCAUAUAGCCUCGACUUCAAAGCUCGCUUCAUUCGACCGAUGGUUUCCUCCUGGUAAUAUCCCACGUCCUAUACGAAUUCCAUUCAGAGAAAUAAAGGACACUAAUCUUAAUACGCCCAUUGAUUCAAACCAGCCUUUUCCAUUCUCUCAGAGGUUCUUCCACUUUAAAAGGGAAAAAAUUGUCGAACUGAGAGAAAAAGCAAAGUCAGAGAUAGAGGAUGGUGCUAUCGUCAGCAACAAAAUCUCCUCGCUGCAAGCGGUUACUAGCCAUGUUUGGAGAUCUGUGAUCAAAAAUCAGCAUCUUGAUCCAGAAGAAGAGGUCACUUACAGAUUCUUUGUAGCUGUUGGACACAGAAUUUCUCACCCACCAUUACCCAGCAACUAUUUUGGACCCACAUUGCAAUUUUCAUAUGUGACAAUGAAAGCACGAGACUUGGUGGGAGAAGGAGGGCUUGGGAAGUUUGCUUUGGAGAUGAACAAGAUAGUAUCAUCAUACACAAGCGAAAAGAUCACGACGGACUUUGAAGAUUGGGCACGAAAUCCAAGGAUGCCUCCAAAGAGAGAGAGUGGCACAAUUGGGAAGUUUAUGGGAACUAGUGGCAGCCCAAGGGCCAACUUUUACCCAAUUGAUUUUGGCUGGGGAAAACCAGUGGCAGUUCAUAGUGGCCUUCCCAAUCCAAAGAAUUGGAAGCUAGUUUUUGAUGCUGGAGUAGAUGAAGGUAGCUUUGACAUUGAGCUUUAUGCUUCCUUUGAGAUGCUGGAAGCUUUAGCAAGGGACCCUGAGUUCAUGAAUGUGGUGUCGCCAAUGCCACUACCAUCGCCAGUGACAGGGAUAUCCAAUAAACUAGCACAAGCUCGGCUGUGAAAGAAGUAAAGCUUGAUGUGAUGCUAAAUUGCAACAUCCUAAAUUUGUAUUUUUAGUGUUAAUUAGGGAUUAAUAAUGAUUUGAGAGGGUUUAGAAGUAUUUAAGAGUAAUGAAAUGAAUUAGGAAUAAAUAUUGGACUGGUUGAGGGCUAAAUUAACAGUGUGAAAGCGUCUAUUGUGCCUGAAAUGGGGAGCCAAAAUCUGGCCUCUCUUCGCCGUGCAAUUUGUGACAGUGGAUGGUGGCUGUGCCGUGGCGGAUGUGCCCAAUCUGGAAAUAUUGAACACGGUUUAAUAUAAGUAAUCAAAGCUCAAUUCUCUUUU